AUGGAACGGCACACCAAGCGCGACCAGGAAGCUGGAGGCCCCGGGCAGGGUUUACUCAAGACGCGAAAGAGGACCAGACGGGCAGCAGAUGGUUCGAUCUUUGUACGGCCUUCUCAGAGACAGAUUCGGAGCACUUUGAACUCCUCGGACUCGGCGAAUAGUUCGGGCCAGGAACUGGAAGACUAUCAGCCAGAGACAGGUCUGCCGAUAUCACCACCAGGCUCAGGCUCGGAUCCAACGUCGAUUUCAAUCGAUGAAACAGACCCGUUUCUGGCGCCAUUGAUUCCUAUCGGCUCCUAUGAGCCCUACGUCGAGCCAAUCCCUGGACAGUUUGAUGCUGCGGAUGGCUCGUUUAAUGUCGAAGUAGAUGGGAUAGGGGAUUAUUUUGGCAUGGAUACUGCAACCGACUUCAAUCUACCGUUUGCUGCGACUUGUAACUAUAAUUGGCUGUUUGACGUUUCCUCUCUCGACGACGCUUUCCACCAACUGGACUCGUCUGGAUUCGAAACAGUCGCCUUUCAAGAAAUGAACAACAUGCCAAUGGAAGAUCCAACUGAAAAGUACGACGGUCCCUCGGCGCUCUUAAUGGCAUCCAUAAUGGACAGAGAGCCGCCCUUCCAGCAAUCCAUCUCACCCGCCCUCCCCAGUCUCCCCGAUCUAGACUGGAUGUCAGGAUCCGUGAUGCUAGAUCCCAACCCUCCACCUCGUCUACCACAGAUAACCGAAGAAGCCCGAAAAGGAAUCAUGUCUGUAGUAGCACACGCGCACCCAACAAACAUCGACGGCCACCCCAUGCUCCUCGACUCCCCUCUUCUCUCACGCGCUGCCCUGCAGAGCUACAGUGAUCUCUUCUUCACUCGCUUCAACACCACAUACCCAUUGAUCCACCAACACACCUUCAACCCAACCAGCGCAGCACCAGUCUUCCUCGCCUCCAUCCUCUUCAUGGGCGCCACAUACAGCACCCGCGAAGCCCACCAACUAGCAGUCGAGAUCCACGACACCCUCCGCUGCCAACUCCUCUGCCAUCCCGACUUCUCCCCGCAGCCCAAUCUCUGGGUCCUGCAGUCCAUGCUCCUAAUAGACUGUUUCGGUAAAAUGCGAGCAGGCCCGAAGCAGCGCGAGCGCGCACAGCUCUUCCACUGCGUCCUGAUCAAGCUCAUCCGCCGCAGCACCUGCUGCACCAUCCGCUCCAUCCCAACUAUAACCCAAUCCACCGAUCUAGACCUCGUCUGGCGCCAAGCCCUAGAAGACGAACAACGCAAAAGAGUCGCCCUACACUGCUUCAUGUGGGACACCCAGCACGCAGUCCUCUUCUCCCAGUCCCUCUGCAUGUCAGCCUUUGAAAUCCGCUCCUCCCUACCCUGCAGCACAGCAGCAUGGGAAGCAUCCACAGCACAAGACUGGGCGCACCACGCCCUCCGAGAAGAGCCCCGGAUCUUCCUCCCCGUGCUGAAAGGCUACAUCACCCCAGCCGCGACGCCCCGACCCCGAGAUCUGAACGUCUUCGCCCGCAUCGUCAUCCUCCACGGCCUGAUGUCUGUCUCUGCCGAUCUCAAGCGCCGCGAUCAAACAACCCUCCGCUCCGAGACCCCCGAUCGUGUCGGCGCCUGGACUCCGCGUAUGGGCCGCUCCUACGAUCUCUGGAAAGGAGACUUCGACUCGGACUGUCUGGCCAUGAAACUCGCGCAGACCGCCUCGCCGCGCCAGUUCACCGGCCUCAAGAUCUCUGGCCAUGCCCUUUACCAUGCUGCGUACCUCGCGCUGCACGUUGAAGUCCUGGAUCUCCAGAUUGUCGCGGGGGCUCCCCAUAUCCUGGGCCGGUUAGUGACGGACGCGGAUCGCGCGCGCUCGCUGCGCGGUAUCACCAGAUGGCUGCAGGAGGACGCUGGGCCGCCAUGUACGGCUGCCCGACAGGCCGCAUCGCUGUUGCAGGACUCCGUGCUGAGUUUGAAUGAGUGGGAGCAGGCGGAUUCGUUCCAUUUCCCGUGGUGUUUGUACCUGUGCACCUUGGCUGCGUGGGUCUUUCACCGUGGACUUGAUCUUACCUCUGACGAGAAUCGCUUGUCGACGGAUUUGUCUUCAUUGAUUGUUAUGAUGACCAAUUGUCCGACUGCGUCGGAAUUGGCGGCACUUUCUGGAAAGUUUUGUCCACGACCGCUGGCGGCGGCGAUGGCACAGCAGUUGGCUACGGUUCGAUGGGCAGUGGUGCACGACGCGAUGAAAGUUCUGGUCAAUUUAUCCUGA